AUGGAAGAGCCAUUUCUUCUGAGAGAGGAGGAGUUAGUUCCCGUUAAAACGACAUGGCAAAGAGGUCAGCUCACCGACGAGCUAAAGAAAGUGGGCCGCUUAGCUGCUCCUAUGGCCACCGUGACCAUUGCUCAAUACCUAUUGCCUGUUAUAUCAGUUAUGAUCGCCGGCCACAAAGGCGAGCUUCAGCUCUCCGGCGUCGCUCUUGCCACCUCCUUCACAAAUGUCUCCGGUUUCAGUAUUAUGAAACUCUUUGUGCAGUUUGGAUUAGUGGGUGCAUUAGAUACACUUUGUGGCCAAGCUUAUGGAGCCAAAGAAUACGAGAAACUCGGAACCUACACAUACUCCGCCAUUGCCACCAAUAUCCCAAUCUGUAUCCUCAUAUCAAUUAUUUGGAUUUACAUGGAAAAGCUUCUGAUCUCUCUUGGACAAGACCCUGACAUCUCCAGAGUCGCUGGCUCCUACGCCGUUUGGCUCAUACCGGCUUUGUUCGGAUAUGCUAUUGUCAUACCAGUAACUCGGUUUCUGCUGACGCAAGGGUUGGUUGUUCCUCUCCUCUAUUGUGCCCUAACCACCCUUUUGUUCCACAUCCCAGUUUGCUGGAGUUUGGUUUCCGUGUUUGGUCUUGGAAGCAAUGGAGCUGCUUUGGCUAUGAGUGUGUCUUUCUGGUUUUACGCUGUGAUACUCGCAUGCUACGUGAGAUUCUCCACCUCUUGUGAGAAGACUCGCUCCUUUGUAUCCGAUGAUUUCGUGCCUUGUGUGAAACAGUUCUUCCAUUUCGGGGUCCCAUCAGCAGCAAUGGUGUGCCUAGAAUGGUGGCUAUUUGAGCUGCUCGUACUCUCCUCAGGACUACUCCCAAACCCUAAACUCGAGACCUCUGUGCUUUCAAUAUGCCUUACAACAGAAACUUUGCACUAUGUAGUUUCAUCUGGAGUUGCGGCAGCUGUGAGCACACGCGUGUCAAACAAUUUGGGAGCUGGGAGUCCUGAAGUUGCUAGGGUAUCAGUAUUGGCAGGGCUUUGUUUCUGGCUGAUGGAGUCAGUUUUCUUUAGCACACUUCUCUUCACCUGCCGGAACAUCAUAGGAUACGCAUUCAGCAACAGCAACGAAGUAGUGGACUAUGUUGCGGAGCUAUCUCCUCUGCUAUGUCUUUCCUUCAUUCUCGAUGGAUUUACUGCAGUUCUUAACGGUGUUGCUAGGGGAAGUGGGUGGCAACACAUUGGAGCUUGGAACAACGUGGUGGCCUAUUAUCUCGUAGGAGCUCCCGUUGGACUUUACUUAGCUUUCAGACGUGGGUUUAACGGGAAAGGAUUGUGGUGCGGUGUUUUGGUUGGAUCCUCUGUGCAAGCAACUGUUCUGGCUAUAGUCACAUCUUCCAUGAAUUGGAAGGAACAGGUGCAAAGACAUUUCAGCUUGAUCUAUAUCACAUUCUGUGUUUUUUUUUAAUAAUGCUUUAAAGUAAAUGGAAUCUAUAUAUAAUUUGCAGGCUGAGAAGGCAAGGAAGAGAAUAAUCUCUACUGAAAAUGGAUUAGCAUAACGAAGAAUGUUUUUUAAUUAAUUACUACAUUUUGAGAGAUAGCAAGACUUUGCUUUUCUUCAAUUUUGGUGUAAUAUUUUUAUUAUAAACAAGUUAAUAAAAAACCUCACGAGUGUUGGAUUAUUCAUGUUCUUUACAUAUCGUUCAAAUUUCCAUUCCUUACAUUAUUGGUUCCAUAUGGGAAUAAUUCCCUGUGCAGCAAGGCGCUUUUCGACCCAAACAGAAUGAUCAGUUCUGAGAAGAGCAUCUUCUGCUAAGGAGUUGAUUGUAAUGUUCAAAGAUGCCCCAUCCAAAGCCUUUUGUUAUUCAGUUUGAAACUCAAAUGAUUUGUUGGUAUAAAGACACAUGUUGCUUUAUACUUUGGUGAUCUUAAACCCCCCCAGUUUUUAUCCUAUUCUUUUGCUAUUGUCAGAUAUACAUUAGCCGGUUUGAACCGAUUUAGUUAAACCACCCCAAUCUUAGAGACUGAUUUGGUAUGUAGAUUCUUUUUUUGUUAAAAAGUCCGGGUAACAAAAUACACCUAUCAACCAGCUGAAACUUAGACUAUCAAAUCAUGAUUUUUACAGAAGAUCAGAGCAGUCGAGAUGGCUUAAUAGACAGAGCAGCUUACAUGACUCUACGGA